CUCUGGCCGACAGCUGUUAUGCGGUCAGUUCGAUCAAUUAUUUGUUUGCACAUUUGUUGGUAAAUUUCUUUGCGUGAGUUGCUAUAAAAUUUUUUAUCAGUGUGAAAUUAAUCAUUUUACUAACAUGGUGAUAUUUGGAAUUAUAUCGAGGAGUGUCUCUUUAUCUACUGUAAAAUAGUAAGUGAUACUGUGCUGGGUACUUGUCUUCCUAAAUACAUACGUACAUAACUACAAACUACAUAAAAUAGAAUUUGAAGGGCUUACUCAAAAUACUCGUGAUCAAUGUAGUAAACCGGUCGACAAAGGAAACAGGUGUUGCAUGCAUCAUUUACUCUGCACAGGCUAAAAAAAAUUACAACUACACUAAUUAAGGUCGCUUCAGGCCCUAUUAAUGCACUUUAGAUCGAAUAUGCUGAUUGCUAACGUUUGUUGCACGCAAAAUGGUUCCGGGUCAACGUGAAAAGUGCUUAUUACUGCCGCAAAGGAGUCAUCACAAGCGCGACAUCACGGAUAUAUAUUCCUCAACUGACUUGGAAUUAGUAGAGGUUGGUAAUAGUGAAGUGGAUUGCAGUGAUGAAGAACUGGAGUAUAAGAGGACAUCGCAGCAGUAUUAUGGGAAACAUGAGUUUUCCUUCAUUCAAAUAAUGAUGUCGGGAUUGCGUUGGCGAAAACGUGCUGUAAUACGUAUAAUAUGUUGUACAAUGAUAUUACUUUUAAUGUUAAUGUCAUUCUACAUGCCACUUAUUCCGAACAUGCACACACGUCACACUGCACUACCAGAUUGGGGCUACAAUACGUCCAGGAAUUUAGCUGAUUAUGUGGUACCUGAUAACAACACAGUGAUCUUAGAACCUCAGCAUGUGUGUCAAAAUAAGUUGUUUCUACUUGUUGUUGUUUGUUCAAGUAUUCAGAACUUUGCCAUAAGACAAGUCAUACGUGAAACAUGGGGCAACACAUCUCACUUCAAUAUUGGCAUGUUUGCGAAACUACAUAAGCGUUUUGAAGGUCAAUACUUGGAACCGUCGCCAGAACGCUUACAAUACUAUAGCAAAUUCCUAAAUCUGUCAACAAAUGACACACAUACUAUUCCUGUUGUGAUACCGGUAAGAGUUUACUUUAUGUUGGGUCGCAAUGGACCCAAUGCUGAUCCCUCAAAUGAAACAUCAUCACUUAUACGCUCAGAGUCCGAACAAUACGGCGAUAUUAUACAAGAAAAUUUCAUCGAUACUUAUAACAAUUUGACCCUCAAAUCAGUGCUUGCUCUAAAAUGGAUGACUCAACGUUGCGCACAGCGUUCGGCAUUCUUUAUGAAAGUGGACGAUGAUACUUUCUUAAAUGUGCCAAAUCUUUUGCACUACCUACUCGGUGGCACAAUACCGCUCUACAACGAUACUUUGGAUUUGUAUGACACACACACAUACCAUGUAUUAUUGCCACGAAAUCGCUUCAACAUUACAAGAAAUUACCUGGGAGGACAUUUAUUUUGUUCCUCACGACCAGUGUCGUUGGUUAGCAAUAAAUGGUAUAUGCCAUACUACAUGUUUCCGGGCGAUAAAUAUCCAAAAUACUUGAGCGGCUCCGCAUAUGUUAUGUCUGCCGACGUGGUACCACGUUUAUACCAAGCCGCUCUGAAUACCACCUUCAUACACAUCGAAGAUGUCUACUUAACAGGCAUUUGCGCUGAAAAAAUUCACCUGCCUCGUCGUCACAAUGCACUAUUUAGUUAUACACGUGCUAGGGACUGGUGCAGUUUUCGUGGCAGCAUCUCGCAGCAUGAAGUGAAAGAUGAGAGUAUGUUGGAUGCCUAUUUAUAUGUGACCAAUACGAGCUUGUAUUGCGCACCUCCUGCUAAAUAUAUGAAUAAGCGCUUGCAUAAGCAAAUCGGCUGUGUUUGAGUAUAUGAAAAAUGAGACUGUCAUUGCGAAUGUUAUAUUUGUAUUUCGAUUAUUGUCGUAUUUUAAUGUUCUUUAGUUAUUUUAAUUUUGUGUUUUGUUUUGUUUUCACAUUUGCACCACCGUUAAGAAUGUGCUUCGCAUUAGAUUAAGUUGAAGAAAAAGUGCGCACUAAUAUACACGUGUACAUAUAUAUAUUUAUAAGGAGUUAUUGUAUAUGCAUAAGUAUUUGAAAGCUACAGAUAAUUAUAAUAUAUUUUAAAUUUCCUUUUAACUGCAUUAUAUGCAACCUACUCCACAACCAUUUCGCACAAGUUAAGCAAGUAAGCAAAGAAAUAGGCCAUAUACAAGAGCAAUGUCACUAUGUUAUUUUAACUAUUUAUACAUGUAGCUGUGUAUGUCCCUAAUCAACUUUAUGUAAGUUCCAUUACACGAUUAGGUAAUAAUAGUUUUAACGUAAUUAAAGUUUUUACUAAAGUUUACCAAAUUAUUCUUAUGGAUUAAGCUAAAGUCUGUCAUUGUUUAACAAGGUCUGUCAUAUGUUGUAAACUUAAAGUUCUAUUCGUAAAAUAAUAAUAAAAAUGUAAAUACUUUGAAACAUAUCUAGAUAAAAAGUGUACUAUGUCGACUUAGUAAAAUUUCGUGGCCGUCUUUUUAAAUUUAUAGUUUGUGAAUUCACCGAAUUCGUUCAGUGACAGUUCAUGGCAAGGAAAAAUAUUUUAGAUAUUACCCUUAUUAUAAAAACUAAAUGCUUUCACGAGUUUACUGGCCAGGUUUUUCGUAUAAGCAAGUACAUAUAUGUAUGUACAUACAUAUAUCUAUAAUUAUAUACAAUUGUAAAAAACAAAAACAAAUUCGUGUUUAUUGAUUUGUAGUUUAAUUUAAAAUAAUAAUUGUGAUUUUCCAGCCAUCUAUAUAGUUGAAUUAAUCGAUACUGUGUAAAGUACUUAAAAAACUGAAAUAGAAACACAGGCAGCCGACUAUAUAUUUAUAAAUAUUAUAAUGUAAUUAAAAAUCUAUGUCUUUUGCACAAUAUGGAUUAUUCAAAUUUACCUUUUUUUAACAUUAUACGCAAACAAAUGAUGAUGUCACUACGUUCCGUGUAUCACAUAUUAAACCAUAUUUGAAUUUUCAUUUUUUUUUAAUUUUCUCUAAAUAAUUAACAAUAUAAUUGCACAGCAAAUGUUUUCACAUACAUAUCUAGAUUUUAAACUGCGAUUCUUGAGCACAACCGUUGGUCAGCAAAGCUUCUAGCCAACUUUUUACACUUUUUUGACGAUGUUGUUGUACUAACUAAAUUUCUGCUCCCGAAAUUUAAAAAAAUGUUUAUAAACUAUUUCAAUUCUAAGGACUUCAUUGGUUUGAAUUGACAAUAAAAAUUUCGCAAUUUUUUAUAAUAUUUAGUGCACAUACAUUUAAAAAUAAUUCACCAAUGGCAAUAGAAUUACUUUAACGCACUGUUUGUUUGUUUUUCGUUUAAGUUUUAUGAAAUAACUCCGUAUUUGUAUGUACAUUGUAAGUGAUAGUAUUAUGCACAAUUAUUUAAAUAUAUAUUUCUAUGUAAUUUCACACAAGUAAAUAGUCCAGAUGUGUAAUAUACAGACGUAUUAUUAAUUACAUAGGUCAACGAAAUAAUACACAUCAAUGUUGCCAUACUUUUAAAUGCAACUGUGCCAAGUAGCAUUGUUAAAUUUUCUGUUCUAAAUAUACAUUUAUACUCAAGACACUAAAACUUCGAGUCACACGUUUUUUGUUAAAAAUUUACUUAUAAUAGAAGUAUAUAAAAUUUGAUAAAUAAAAAAUCAGAAGACGCUGGAGAUUAUUUCUUUUAAUGAAGAUGGUAGUGUGUCG